AACCAGCACGGCCAAACGAUCAUCUCCUUUCCGAGUCAAAACGUUGCGCGAUCGCGAUCGAUCUCUUGAGUGCGUUUGUUUUGUGUUGUGUGUGUGUGUGUCGAGUCUGUCGAGUGCUACGCCACGGUCCAAGAGUACCGUGUGUGCGUGAUUUCAUCUUCAAGUGGCUGAAACGAAUAUCGUACAAACGUUAAAGAUGGCUAGCGAGGUGCAAAAUUUUUACAAAAACAAGUACAUCUUUCUCACCGGUGGUACGGGCUUUCUGGGUGUUGCUAUCAUCGAUAAGAUUCUGCGUUCUUCACCAGAGGUUGGCGGCAUCUAUCUGCUGAUGCGCCCCAAGAAGGGUAAAGCGAUCCAGGAAAGACUGCAGGAUCUAACGAAAAACUCGGUGUUUGAGCAACUGUUGGAAAGUCAAUCGGCCGACAUCUUCAAGAAGCUGAUCCCAGUGUCGGGUGAUGUGGGUGAAAACUUUCUGGGACUUUCGCAAGCCGAUCAGGCUAUGAUCGUGGAAAACACCAACGUGGUUAUUCAUUCGGCGGCUACGCUCGACUUCCAGGCUACGCUUCGACCAACGGUCAAUAUCAAUCUGCUCGGCACCAAGCGUGUACUGGAGCUGUGCACGAGAAUGAGAAAUCUGAAGAGCAUGGUGCACAUAUCCAGCGCGUACGUUAAUUCGUACCUUACGGAAGCCGAAGAGAAGCUGUAUCCCUGCACGGAAACCGCACAGAAGGUAGUCGAUCUAGUGGACACGCUGAACGAUUCGGCGCUGGACGAGCUGUUGCCAAAGCUACUUAAGGACCAUCCGAAUGCUUACACGUUCACCAAGCAGCUGGCGGAGCACGAGGUUAACAAACAUGCGGCACAGUUCCCGUGUGCUAUCAUUCGUCCGAGCAUGAUUACCGGUGCCUGGAAGGAACCAACACCUGGUUGGACUAUCUCGAAGAAUGGUCCACAAGGUUUCCUGAUGGGUGCAUCCAAGGGUGUCAUCCGACGACUUCCUGUCGGUGUAGAUCUUGUGUAUGACUACAUCCCGGUCGAUGCGGUCGUCAACCAAACGCUCGUGCUGGGCUGGUACAUGGGAACUAACAGCUUCCGGGAGGUGAAAGUAUUCCACUGCACCACAAGCACAUCGAAUCCCUUCAAAUGGCGCUCGGUGGUUGACCAGAUGAACGAUUACCUGCACAAAUACCCGCUGAAGUCGGCCAUUUGGUACCCAAGGUUGAAGUUCGUCUCCAGCCUGUGGGUGUAUAAGCUGGCAUCGAUCUUUGUGCACAUUCUGCCCGCACUAGUGCUGGACUUUGUACUGCGAGUAACAGGUGGUCGUCCAAUGUUGAUGCGGCUUCAUACGAACGUGUGGGAUUCAUUAAAUCGGUUGGAGAAGUUCAUCUUUACCGAAUGGAAGUAUCACAAUCCGGCCACACAACAGCUCGCCCAAUCGUUGCCGGAAAAGGAUAAGGCACUGUUUAACUUUAACGUGUCCCAGCUCCAAUGGCCCGAUUAUUUCGUGCACCUUACGCAGGGCGUCCGACGGUAUCUCAACAAUGAGAAACCUAAAUCACUCGAUGCCGCCCGCAGGAAGGAUAAAAUACUGUUCAUCGUGGAUAUCGUGUUCCAGGUGCUUAUCUUCUCUCUGCUCGGAUGGUUGUUUACCACGCUGCUCGGAGCGUCUAGCAGCUCCUUCUGGUUGUACGGAGUUGGAAGUUAUCUGCUAUUCAAUCUUCUCUAGAUUGAUAGUCAAAUCAACAGAUAUCAACGUCCAGCGUGCAUGCAUUUCGAAACAUUGCAUUUCGCUCUUUACAAUCAACGUCCUUCAAUUUACAAUUUACUCAAACUCUUGCCUCAUCGGUUAAAUACACCUAUACCUCGCUAUAUGGCCGUAAUUUGGUUCGCGAAAAAAAUGAUUACGUUCUUCCAGCGUUAUACAAAUUGGUUUGGUUUUUUUUUCUUAAAUAAAUACCACACUUUUUCUUAAAGAUUUUGUUGUCCUCUCAGUGCAGUUAUAUUGAGGGAUAAAUGAAGGAUCGGAACAUUCCUCAGAAUAAUAUCACGGCGCUAUGCGAGGUGUAGGUGUACCGUAUUGUGUUGUUUAUAUGUCUGAUAAGAGAAAAUUCUUUCGCACAAGUGUUUCGGUAGAAACGUCUACGGUAUACUUUAUGGGACAAGUCUUUCGUUUUCUUUCUCUAACGAUAUUUCUAGCAAAUGUAAGCUAUUAGGCAGGCGCAUUACUUUCGUUUUGUUUUGUGGUUUAGGUCGUUGGAAUGCCGACUAAAUGAUAAUAAUAAUAAACAUGUUUUUGCUAAAUAA